UUUUCAAGACCAUGACAUCGAAAAUGGAAAUAGUUCACUUGCUCGAGAGACGAUUAGGAUGAGAAAUAAGAGCAAAAACACGGCCCUGCAUGAAGCUUUGCGAAGAUAUGACCUUGAGAUGGUGGAGUUGUUGAUUGAGGCAGACCCUCAUGAUUUAGGGCAUCCCAACUAUGAUGCUGAUACGGAAGGUGGGGAGUCUCCACUCUACCUAGCUGCUAGAGACGGACGCUUGGAUAUUGUCAACAAAAUCUUGGAUAUUUGUCCAUCUGCGGCUCAUAGUGGACCACAUGGCCGGACGGCUUUACAUGUGGCCAUAGUUGAGGUGCAUCUAGAUGUGGUGGAAGUACUCUUAGUUAAGAAAGGAGAACUUGCCGAUAAGAUAGAUGAAAAUGGGAGGACCGCUCUUCAUUAUGCAGUGUCAUUGGAAAGAAGCCACAGGAUAGUACAACAGUUGCUUAGUCAUGAUACUUCCAGUGUAUAUAAGGUGGAUAAAGAUGGUCUCUCAGCACUUCACAUCGCUGCUCUUAACUCAAGCAUUGAGAUAUUUCGAGAGCUCAUCGAAUGCUGCCCAGAUUUUGGGGAGUUACAGGACAUAAAUCAUCGAAAUGUUCUCCAUUAUGCUGUGAUGAGUAAGGAUUUGGAUAAAAUCAAGUUUGCCUUAGAGCAACUAGAGCUUGAGGAAUUCAUAAACCAACCAGAUGAAGAUGGAAACACCCCAUUCCACCUCCUCGCUGAACAAGGCUCUAUCAAGCUAAUGGAACCUUUUAUUUCAAAUGUAAGAGUCGACACAAUGGCCAGGAACAAGAAUGGCCAGACAGUUGAUGAGAUUUUCCUGAACACAAUCCCUAUCGUCGAGGGAUUAUCAUCUUUUAUUAAAGCAACACAAAAACGAUAA